AUGCCUUCGUCUCCUCCACCAUCGUCCCCUGUCUCCCCUUCUUCACUCAGUCACCGUCCUGGCCGUCGCGGUGCCAACGCCCCACACCACGACGAUGUCGACAUCCCACCACCGCCCCUCCCCCAGGCCCUCUGGUCCCUUCAAAUACCCCUUUACAUAACUCACACCUCCCAACCCUCGACCAAUCCUUUUGUGGUCUCGGUCCCCCGCUUCAGCUACCUUGCCCUUCUGCUCCCCCGGUUAUCCGCCUACUUCAGCCCGCUCCCCUGCUCGUCUUUUCACUACGAGGACGUCCAGCUCCGCAACCUAGCUGUUGGGCUCCUCGUCGAUUUAUACCUCCCCCCCGAUUCUGCGGGGUCGCUACCAUGGAGGCUGACGGUCGGUGACGGACCCGAAUGGGACAUAGCCGACACCUUCACCAACUCGGCAAAGGAGGCGGAUUUUGUCCGCAACGGAAACGCCAAGCAGAUUAUGGGGUUGAGCAAGGACGACAGCACCGCCUUGUGGAACAGUGUGCAGGAUAAUGACUAUGCUUCGUUUAGCAGAAUCAACAGCCGUUUGCUGAACACGCCCACGCCGUUGAAGAACGUGCCGGUACGGAUUUAUAUUCCGUCGUCCCCCUUGCAGACUUCUGGGGGCGAUCAUGGGUCCUUCAAGGUGGUUCAAACACUGAUACCACCUCGAAAUGCCAAUCGGAAACCACAAACAUUGGGAGAAGUCCUGAAGGAAAACCUCCCGUCACUCUUCCCGUCUAGUCGAGACCCGGUGUUGGCGAAUGUCAUCAUGCACGGAGGUUCGGUGCCGUUCAGGGCUCCGUUGGAAGAGUUGAUGAGAGAGGCGGCGUAUCCGGACGGGUGGGUGUGCUUGAUUGUUGUUUUGUUAUAG